UUCAAUCACUUCACUUCUCCCCCCACACUCCCAAACAUAAACUACAUCCAUUCUAUUUCUCCUUCACCCAAUUCCUCAGCUUACCAACAAUCUCUCCAACCCCAAUUCCCUAAAUAUGGCUUCUAUGGCUAUGACAGCUUCCUUCCUCCCCACCACAGCCACUAAGCAACCCUCCUCCACCGCCCGUCGACCCCUUAUUGUUGCCAAAGCAUCCACCUCUAACCAAGCCUCCAAUGUCAACAUGGAGGUCAAGAAUGUGAAGGUAGAGAGCAGGCAAGGGCGGCGGGAGUUGGUGGCGGCUGCUGUCACAGUAGCAGCUGCAACCUUGGCGAAGGCGGCAAUGGCGGAUGAGCCGGCACGUGGGUCUCCUGAAGCCAAGCAGAAGUAUGCUCCAAUCUGUGUCACAAUGCCUACUGCCCGUAUUUGCCGCAAGUGAUUUUGAAGAGAUGUGUUUUGCUUUUUCUUUUUUUUCUCUGUUGUCUUUCUUCUUCAUGUCUAUUAAAACCCUUCCAUUUGGUUUCAGACUUUGAAGUUUGAUUGUAAAAUCUGUAAAACAAAGCUAUGAAUUGCCAUGAAUCUCUCUCUUCAUGCCUUUUUUUUCUU